AUGGCUUCAAACCUUACGGAAGGAAGCGUAUCAAUUGAGGCAAAUGGCGAACCGUACAGUCCCGACUCAUGCAUUACUUUCGAGGGGUUGUUCAAACCUAUAAGCAUUAAGGGUUAUCACGACGAAAGGCGUGGAAGACCUGCCACUCCCUUCAGAAGAGCUUUGUUGAAGGGAUCCGGCGAAUUCGUCAACGGGACAUCCCUUUUUCCCGUCAGGUUGUCGCCAUUGGCGUUUUCAGUCUUUGUCGUCCAACCCGAUUCGGUAUAUUCAAUUCGAGGCGAAAUUCGGGGUAUCGAUGACAAGUUGAACAUCAACAUGGUGUUCAACACUAACAACGCUAGGGUGGUUAUCUGCGAAUCCAGCGCUCAAUUCACUUCAUCUUCUUCGGUUACGGGCGGCGGAACUAUAGAUCAGUCUUCAAAAAUACAAUGCAACGGUUCGACCAAACGCACGUUGACAAAGGUGGUAGUAAGACAUCGUUUGGUGAGCUUUUCACGUGAUUCUACGACAAUCUGGGGUUAA